AUGACUGGGUCUGAACCGAUAGUAGAAGCAAUAGCCGAAGUUGAACAAGAAAUAGAAGGCGGACCUCCCACUUAUUCCCAAAAACUAAAAGAAAAAUUAGGAAUAGCCAAUAAAGAAAUAAUAGAAAAGGUCAAAAUAACUUGGGAAAUCUAUGAUUAUGAACAAGUUAAUCAGAAUAUUGAGUUUGCCGCUUAUUUAAGGGGCAAAAACCACCGGCCUAAACCAGAUUUACAUUUAAAACAACUUCACAAAAAUCUCCAAGGAUCCUUAGAUCUUUCUGAUUUUGUUAAUCUGAAGAGUUUAUGGUGCCAAAAUAACAAACUGGACUCUCUCAAUCUAAGCAAUUGUUCUAAGUUGAGAGAAAUUCAUUGUUUUAUUAACCAACUAACUAACUUAGAUUUAAGCAAGCAUUUUGGUUUAGUUAUGCUUGAUUGCCAUAUGAAUAAACUAACAGAACUUAUCUUGCCUCAAGAUUGCAAUAAUCUAGAAGAACUGUAUUUACAUAAUAACAUUCUCCAUCAAGAAUUAACUUUUUUAGAAAAGGCGAUUAAUUUAGAAAGGCUUGAUUUAGCAAAUAAUAAAUUUAUCGGUUCCUUGGAACCUUUAAGGGAGUUUAAACAAUUCGGAUUAGAGUAUUUGCCGGAGAGUAUUAAAGAAUUUAAUUGUUUAGCAGAAAAGAGAAAAAAUGCCAAAUGUCAAGAGUUAAAAUACAAAAACAGAGAAUUCACUCAACAACUCCAAGAAGCAGAAAAAUACAAUAAAACCUUACCAGACGAAGUAAAAUUCCCUAAAUACGAAAUUCACCACGGAGCCUCCUAUCACAGCAAACUUUUACCAACCAAAGAAAUUACUCAAAUAUUACAAAGUCUAAAAAUUAGUGAAACAAUUUCUCAGAGAGUAGACUUUGUUGAAAUCCCUGCUGAGGAAGAACAAUCUUCUCUCCAAGCCCACAUCCAACUCCCACCCAAAUCUCCUCAAUAA